AUGCCGCGUGUGCCCUCGAAAGACACCGAGCGAUGGCGCCGCGUGGUGAAGGAGCUCGUGGACGUCGUCGUCGAUGCGAUGCUCGACUACGCGCCCGACCGCGGGAUGGCGAAUGUGACGGAUGAGGAGAUCAAGGCGCGCGGGAUCGUGGCGCUGAGAGAUCUGAACGCGCGACAGAACGGCGCGCGCGUGGAGGCACCGUCGCUGUGGAACUGGGGACGUAAGAGAUGGCGCAAUCUCGUGCGUCAGGAGCUCUGUAGGCGCGCACGGCGCGGCACGCGGGGACUGUCGGAUGAAGAAGCCGCUGCGUUUCUCGCCGCGCUCCCGGCGUGGGGCGAACCGCGACGGAAUCCGCCGAGCGAGGCGCCGGCUCCGACGCCGCAACGGUUCCGUGAUGACAAGAGCCGAGAUCACCCGGGAUGGCAGCUCUUCAAAGGCGUUUUCAGCGACUCGGACGUGACGCGGUUGCUUGCGUUGAAGUCAAAAGUAAAGGCUAACGAGUGGGCGAAUCUGUUCAACGGCGCCACGUGGGAGCCAAGCGAGCGCGAUAAGGCGCGUAUCUGCACCGCGCUCGAGUCGAAGGAGCUAAGCACAUCAUACGAGUGUGUCGUCAUGCCGCGGCAACGCAAAGGGUGGAGCGUGACCGUCCACAAUAGCGCGUUCAGACAGCGAGCUCACGUGGGAACUGUGGAGGACGAGACGUGGAUCGUCGAGCGCAUCAGGCCCCUUCUCCCCGAGAACGCCGUGUUCCCGCCGCCGGGUCACAUCACGUACAUGAUUCAGAACGUGCGCGACGUGCCGUGUUCGGAGUCUCGGAGCGAGCAGCCUAUGCACUACGAUUUCAAACCCGGUUCGCAGAGGUUGGGUGUCGUCAUCAGCCUUCACGAUUCGGUCUACGUGGCGGUCGGCGACCGGUGGUCAGAGGACGUGUCGAAAGUGCGCGCGCGCGUGCGCAUACCAAAUGGUUCUGUGUUUGUUUUCGUGAGUUCCGUCCCGCACGCGGGGAUGGGCGACGUGGGCGAGGACGGGGUGGAGAGAAUACACAUUCACGUCGGUUUGGAAUGCGAGCCUAAAGACGUACAUCCGGUUCGUGUCGGCGAAGACCGCGGCGAGCUUUUGGCAUAUUAG